AGAUGGCGGCCGCCGCAGGUAGAUCGCUCCUGCUGCUCCUCUGCUCCCGGAGCGGCGGCGGGGGCGCCAGCGGCUGCGGCGCGCUGACUGCCGGCUGCUUCCCGGGGCUGGGCGUCAGCCGCCACCGCCAGCAGCAGCACCACCGGACGGUCUUUCACUACCAUUCCUACAGUGGUUGCAAGAUACCGUUUCUUCCUCACUCUCCAUGUACCAUGCCAGUGACAUCUUAGCUGCUAGAGUGUGGAGCUGGCCUGUGGGAGUCAAGUAUUGAUGGUGUGACCUGUUCAUGCAGGGGAAACUUGAACAUUCGCAGGUACACCAGAGGCUCUCUUCCUGGCAGAAUCUGGGAGUUGUUUAUUGCAGUACUGUUGUGCCCUCUGAUGAUGUGACAGUGGUUUAUCAAAAUGGGUUACCUGUGAUAUCUGUGAGGCUACCAUCCCGGCGUGAACGCUGCCAGUUCACACUCAAACCUAUUUCUGACUCUGUUGGUGUGUUUUUACGACAACUGCAAGAAGAGGAUCGGGGAAUUGACCGAGUCGCAAUCUAUUCACCAGAUGGCGUCCGAGUUGCUGCCUCAACAGGGAUAGACCUCCUCCUCCUCGAUGACUUCAAGUUGGUCAUUAAUGACUUAACGUAUCAUGUACGGCCACCAAAGAGAGACCUCUUAAGCCAUGAAAAUGCAGCAACGCUGAACGACGUGAAGACUCUCGUCCAGCAGCUCUACACUACACUGUGCAUCGAGCAGCACCAGUUAAACAAGGAAAGGGAGCUCAUCGAGCGAUUGGAGGACCUCAGGCAGCAGCUGGCUCCCCUGGAAAAGGUACGAAUCGAAAUUAGCAGAAAAGCUGAGAAGAGGACCACUUUGGUGCUAUGGGGUGGCCUUGCCUACAUGGCCACGCAGUUUGGCAUUUUGGCCCGGCUCACCUGGUGGGAAUAUUCCUGGGAUAUCAUGGAGCCUGUCACCUACUUCAUCACUUAUGGAAGUGCCAUGGCCAUGUAUGCAUAUUUCGUAAUGACACGCCAGGAAUAUGUUUAUCCAGAAGCCAGAGACAGACAAUACUUACUAUUUUUCCAUAAAGGAGCCAAAAAGUCACGUUUUGACCUCGAGAAAUACAAUCAACUCAAGGAUGCAAUUGCUCAGGCAGAAAUGGAUCUUAAGAGACUGAGAGACCCAUUACAAGUACAUCUGCCCCUCCGACAAAUUGGUGAAAAAGAUUGAUCUGCAAAGAGCCUGUGAAUCCUGACAGAAAGAACACCUGUUUAUAACUCUUGCCUUUUUAAUUAAAGCAUUGCAGGUGGAAGCUGGGAGCCAUGGGGGAGUAGAGGGUUUUUACCUUUAAUUAUAAAACAAAAAAAAAGAUUUUAGGGAAGAAAAGAAUGUUAAAUCUGAAGAUCGGGGAUCAUGGAAUAUAAGCUGCAAGGGCUCGGUGAGUAUUGUGUUCAUCAAGCACCUCAGAUUUUGGAGGAAAUGAUGUAAUCAUGUAGCUGAGAGAUUCACAAGGAGGAAACGGUGCUGGGGUGUUUGUCUCUUGCAUCUUCUUUGCAGGGUCAGCCAAACAGUAACACACCAGCACCCUACUCAGCUCUAUUUUUUUUUUAAUUUAACAUUUCUUAUUUUUGACAUAGGAGUAAAUAAAUAUACCGGAAAAGUAAAACUUCAUUAUAUGGGGGGGGGGGCAAACAGAGUCUGAGCCGUAUCAUUAGCAUUUAUUUUCAGUUGGACCCAGUCUCUGCAGAGUUACCAGGAGUCUCCCUGCUAGAUGCCUCUUCUGACCACCCCUGUACCCCAUGGUUACACUAAUUUAUCCAAAUGAUCAUCGGAGCCAAACUAUGACUGUUUGAUAAUUGACACUUUGGAUUCUCCCUUACCUCCUUCUUAAAUGUCUGGAUAUUCCAGUGCUCUGGGUCCGUAUCUAGAAAUCAUUGGCAAUACUGCAUGAGUUUUUUUCUGGUUUGUUUUGGAUUUUUAUUAGUCUUUCAGAAGAGAAAAACUUUCCCUCCUUUCCCUACCGAUCCCUCCUGAGGGACAUUGUGCAGCUGUAUCACCAAAUCAGGAAGACGUGAGGUUUACAGACUGGCUAAAACAUCACGGCUCUAGCCAUUUCAGAACCAGAAUAAUGUCAUUGCUGUUUAUCUGCUUGUGUGACAGCACCCCAGGCCACGCUGGCGGCACUGCCGUGUCUGGAGGCUCGUUCAUCUCGCAGGACACCCACUUCUGCCCUGCUUGUGAGCCCUCCUGCCUCCACCACCUCAGUCACUGUAAAUCAAGUGUGUGGAUCUCAAAGGGUGCAAUUUAUCUUUAUACGGGAAUACAUUUUUAUGGCUUCCUCCAGCCUACCCUCUCCACCCUAGUUUUUCUUAUCUUAAAUUGAGAGAAAGAAGAGUCAAUCUUAUAUUCUAUCAAAGUGUUUUCUACCAUAUUUCGAGCCAGCGCCUGCACUGGAAGAGUCAAAGGAAUCUGUGUCAAAGCGCACGCCUAGCUGCAGUGGGGGCAGGUUGGCAUGGACGCGGGCUGCUCUCCUUCCAGUGAUUCAUCCAUCCUCCUGUGCAGAAGGUUUUGUUCUCUUUUCUUCCUGCUUUGGGAUCAUUGUAUAUGAAGAGGAACCCUUUCAGUGACAAACCCAGACUCCAGGUGCCUUGCAGAGGUUGAAGGCCAGCCAGGGCUGCUGCCGCUCCCGCUGCCACCCUUCACUGGCAUGAUGGAAUGACAGGAUGCAUGUCGCCAGUCCCCAGCUCGCCUCCCACUUCCUUCUCUGUCCAACUCCCCCACGCCCAUUUAUUUUCUUUGUGUGGAUUAUUUUUAAACCAUUUAUCCUGUUCAUGUGCAGAGUUUUUAAGAAGAAAUAGCACAGUGCAAUGAACAAAUCCUUUGGGGGGGUGUGGGAGGCAAGGGAGGGAGGACAUGGAGAAAAGUCCUUUAAACAAUAGCAAAAUAUUGAAUGUGUAAAAUCCUGUAUCAUUUAUGAAAUAUGUAUAAAAAGCAAUGUACCUUCUGGAACAAUAAAUACUUAUUCAAUUUUUGAA